UUGUUUUUUUUUUAAAUAACAUAUCAACGCUGAUUACAACUAAAUAAUAAUUUAAAAUAUUCUUUUCCUGUUUUAAUAACUGAUAAAUAUUCAUAGUAAAAAUUCGGGUUUAGCAAAAACCAGACGUUAUCAUUGCAAAUUGUAACAAAAUGAGACACGUUUGUUCGUAUGUUGUAAUUUUGUACGUUUUUUCUAUAACUGAAACAUACAAAAUAUUGGGAAUAUUUCCAAUAUGUGGACAAAGUCAUUUCACACUUGGAUUCAGGUUAAUGAAAGAAUUAGCCGAUCGAGGACACCAAGUCAGCUUCAUAAAUUGUUUUCCUCAAGAAAAACCGAUUAAAAACUUGAAAGAUAUUUCAGUGGAAAGCAUAAAAAGCAACCUUCUCAAAUUCUAUGAUAUGUCAUCGAUAACCCAACAACAAAAAUUUUCAUUUUACCGAUGGUAUAAAGAAGCGAGUUAUUUUGGAAAUCUGUUGGCAACGGGUUUAUUAAAAAACGAGAAUAUUCACAAACUAGUCAAAUCUAACGAGACUUUUGAUCUGGUGAUAAGUGAAAAUUUUUACUUCGAAUUCAUGACGUUUUUCGCUUAUAAAUUCGGCGCUCCUUUGAUAAUGAUUUCAGCGGGUCCAGUCUCGUUUCUUUCUAAUUACAUAUUCUCGAAUCCAGCGCCGAGUUCUUACAUCACCAAUUUAUUUCAAUUCGAUACAAAUUCCAAAAUGAGCCUAUGGGAAAGAAUGGAGAACCUGUAUGCGGAAAUUUUGGGAGAAUUUUAUAUGAAUUUUGUACAAAUACCAGAACAAGCCGGAUACUUGAAACAACUGGUCCCCGAUGCUCCGGAUUUGAAAAAAAUCUUAUACAAUACCAGUUUAUUAUUAGUAGCUUCUCAUCUUGGUGUAUUUGGACCGGUACCUUUACAACAAAAUGUCAAAGAAAUCGGUGGUUACACCAUACCGCAACCACAACCGUUACCUAAACCCAUAAAAGACUUUUUGGAUAACGCCACUGAAGGCGUCGUAAUAUUUUCCAUGGGAUCAAUGAUAAAAAGUUCAAAUUUCGCAUUGGAUAAAAAAAAUAUCGUAUUGAACGCGUUUUCGAAAAUACGACAAAAAGUUUUAUGGAAAUUCGAAGAGGAUCUCAGAGAUAUACCCGAUAAUGUGCAAAUAUUCAAGUGGAUUCCACAAUCUGAUGUUCUAAAUCAUCCUAACGUUGUUGCGUUUAUAUCACACGGUGGUUUAUUGGGAAUCACCGAAGGUCUUUAUUACGGAGUCCCGAUUUUGGGAAUACCCGUGUUUUACGACCAAGGAAGAAAUAUUGAAUUGGCUGCUGAAAUAGGAUACGCGUUAAAAAUAAAUUAUAACGAUUUAGAAGAAAAAGCUUUCGAAUGGGCAUUGAAUGAAAUAUUAAAUAAUCCAAAAUAUAGAGACGUAGCUAAACAACGUUCAGCUAUAAUGCGAGACCAGCCUACGAAAGCAUUGGAUGAGGCAGUCUUUUGGUGCGAAUACGUCGUUCGUCAUAGAGGCGCUUUCCAUUUAAGAUCGCCCGCAAUGGAUCUCAAAUGGUACCAAUUGUAUCAAUUAGAUGUAUUUUUACUUAUAUUUAUUAUAAUUUCAACGUUUAUUUUAUUAAUAAAUAAUUUAUUAAAAUAUUUUAUCAAGAGAAUGACUGUAACGAAUAUUAAUGAUAAAAAAGAUAAAUAAAAUUCGUAUUUCGUUAA